CACAGUCCCGAACCUACCUACCUACCUACCUGCCUACUUGGCUUUUCAAGCUUUGAUUGUGGACUCUUUGCAAAUUUUCCCUUAGAGGUCACAAACGGAAGCUCUGAGGCCGCAGUGGGUAAGUGGCGAGUGUCCUGCAGAAAUAAGAGACAGACAAUCAGGUAGUCAAGAAGGACCUUGGAUACUGUCAUGUCUGGAUCAGUACCCUUCUACCAGAAGCACCGCCGCCACUAUGACCGUGGCUACCGGUACCAAUCUGGCAGCAGAUACGCUGCUGGCGCCAGCAGCAGCAACAGCACCAGGGGACUUGAUUGGUCCUCAUCCUCUGGACUAGACAAGAGCCGACUGAGCCCAUUGCUCAAGAGACCCAAGCCUUCUUACUUGGCUGUGGACAAAGAGAACCACAUCAUUGGCUACGUGGUUCCCCUCUUCAGAAGCAGUCAAGACUUUGCUGCAGGAUAUUCCGACACAGAAGAAGCAAGGCGAAGGAACACUUCUUCAAACAUGGAGCACAGAGAUCUGUUUACCAGCAACCUGGAGAUGGAGAGGUCAGAGCAGGUCUCCAGGAAGGAAGCCAUGCGAGAGUCAGCCGAGCGCAUCUCCUUGAACAAAACAAUCCACGAGCAUGAGGAGCACUUUAAGCGCAUGAAUGAAGACAGCCUGAUGCACGCGCCGGAGUUUGUCAUCAAGCCUCGUUCUCACACCGUGUGGGAGAAGCAGUGCGUGCGUCUGCAUUGCACCGUGAGCGGUUGGCCUGACCCUCGGGUCGUGUGGUACAAAAACAACGUGGCUAUUGACCCUUUGACCAAUGCUGGCAAGUACAAAAUUGAGAGCAAAUACAGCGUGCACUCACUGGAGAUCAACAGGUGCGAUUUUGACGACACGGCCCAGUAUCGAGUCUCUGCCAUGAACUCCAAGGGAGAGUUGUCCGCCUUUGCCUCCAUUGUUGUAAAGAGGUUCAAAGGUGAAGUCGACGAGUUCCUGCCUGCUCCAAGACGGACCAGUUUUAAAGAUGGCCCAGUAUCCGAGUAUGGCAUCACCUUCCAAACUCACAUUGUGGAUAAGUUUGGUGUGUCCUUUGGGAGGGAGGGUGAAACCAUGAGUUUGGGAUGUACGGUCAUCAUCUACCCUGCCUUACACCGCUACCAGCCAGAGAUCCAGUGGUACAGAGAUGAUGUACUACUGUCUCCAUCUAAGUGGACCCACAUGCACUGGAGUGGGGACAAAGCAGCACUGACUCUCACACAUCUAAACAAAGAGGAUGAAGGACUUUAUACCCUGCGGGUCACCACCAAGUCUGGAUAUGAGACAUAUUCUGCCUAUGUCUUUGUUAGAGAUGCUGAUGCUGAAGUGGAAGGAGCACCAGGGGCCCCCCUAGAUGUGGGCUGUCUGGAUGCCAAUAAGGAUUACAUCAUUGUCACUUGGAAGCAACCGGCAGUCGAUGGCGGCAACUCUAUUCUGGGUUACUUUGUGGACAGAUGUGAGGUUGGAACGAACCACUGGAUCCAGUGCAACGACACUCCCGUCAAGUUCGCCCGAUUUCCCGUCACUGGCUUGGUCGAGGGCCGGUCUUAUAUCUUCCGUGUCCGCGCUGUCAACAAGAGCGGCAUGAGCCGUCCGUCACGGGUGUCUGAACCUGUGGCCGCCAUGGACCCGGCUGACCGCGCUCGAAUGAGAGGUACUUCUGCUCCUUGGACCGGCCAAAUCAUCGUCACAGAGGAAGAACCUGCAGAGGGUAUCGUCCCUGGAAGACCUCGUUCUCUGCAGGUUACAGAAGCAACCAAGAAUUAUGUGGUUCUGAGCUGGAAGCCGCCUGGUGAGAAAGGCCUGGAAGGUGUCAUGUACUACGUGGAGAAGUGUGUGUCAGGCACAGACACUUGGCAGAGGGUGAACACGGAGAUCCCCGUCAAAUCACCUCGUUUCGCUCUGUUUGACCUCGCCGAGGGGAACUCCUAUUGCUUCCGCGUCCGCUGCUGCAACUCCGCUGGCGUCGGCGAACCAUCCGACCCAACUGAGGCCACCACGGUUGGAGACAAGCUCGACACCCCAGCUGCUCCAAGCAAAGUCGUUCCUACGAGAAACACUGCCACAUCCGUUGUGGUAUCCUGGGAAGCCUCCCGGGAUGCUCAAGAGUUGGUGGGAUACUACAUCGAGGCGAGCGUUGUGGGUAGCAACAUCUGGGAACCCUGCAACAACAAACCUGUCAACGCGACAAGGUUCAUCUGCCACGGUCUGAUGACAGGAGAGAAGUACGUGUUCAGGGUGAGGGCUGUGAACGCCGCAGGACUCAGUCAGUUCUCUCAGGAAUCAGAAGCUGUGGAGGUGAAGGCUGCAAUCGCGACCCCCGCCCCACCGUUUGGCAUCACCGUGCUGGAAUGCGUACGUGACUCCAUGGUGCUGGCCUGGAAACAGCCAGCCUUCAUCGGCGGGGCUGACAUCACCGGAUACUUUGUGGAUUACCGUGACGUCAUCGACGGCGUACCGGGCAAGUGGCACGAGGCCAACAUCAAGGCGGUCAGCGAUCGGGCGUACAGAGUGACUGACCUGAAAGAGAACAGGAAGUAUCAGUUCCAGGUUCGGGCAGCCAAUAUUGCAGGCGUCGGCAUCCCAUCACUUCCCAGCGACACGUUCCUGUGCGAGGAGUGGACCAUUGCUGUUCCAGGACCUCCUCACGAUCUCGAACUCAGGGAGGUACGAUGUGACUCCAUGACGCUGCUAUGGAAACCGCCGGUGUACCAGGGCCGCGAUCCUGUCAACGGCUUCUACAUCGAUAUAAAGGAAGCUGAAGCUCCAGAGGAAGCUUGGAAAGGAAUCAACUCCAAGGCCACAGAGAAUACCUUCUUCAAGGUAAAGAAUCUAAAGGAGGGAGAGACCUACGUAUUCCGUGUGCGAGCUCAGAACCAAGCCGGUGUAGGAAACACUUCAGACAUCUCAGAGGCGGUCCAAGCUCUGACCAAACCAGGCACUAAGGAAAUAGUUGUGGACGUCGACGAUGAUGGGAACAUCUCUCUGAACUUUGAAUGUGGCAACCUGACCCCCGACUCCAAAUUCCUGUGGUGCAAGAAUUACGAGGACAUCUCCGACUCGUCACGUUUGACUGUGGAGACCAAAGGAAACAAGUCAAAGGUGACCUUCAGCAGUCCUGGAGAGGAAGACAUUGGCAUUUAUUCAUGUCUUGUCACUCACGCUGAUGGCGAUUCAUCCAGCUACACCAUCUCACAGGAAGAGUUGAAGAGGCUGCUGGAGAUCAGCCAUGAUCACAAGUUCCCCACUAUUCCGCUCAAGUCGGAUUUGGCCGUGGAGCUGCUGGAGAAGGGCAGAGUUCGCUUUUGGCUGCAGGCCGACAAGAUUUCAGCCAACGGCAAAGUGGAUUACAUUUUCAACGACAACGUCGUGUCUCAGGGGGAGAAAUACAAGAUGAACUUUGACAAGAACACCGGUGUGAUCGAGAUGAUCAUGGAGUCUCUGACACCAGCAGAUGAAGGCACCUUCACCUUUAAGAUGCAAGAUGGGAAAGCAACCAACCAGUCCAGUCUGGUACUGAUAGGAGACGUCUUCAAGGAUCUGCAGAAGGAAUCUGAGUUCCAGAGGAAAGAAUGGUUCCGAAAACAAGGUCCUCACUUUAUCGAGUAUUUGGGUUAUGAGGUGACACCGGAAUGUUGUGUUAUGCUGAAGUGCAAGGUGGGAAACAUAAAGAAGGAGACCUCGGCACUGUGGUACAAGGAUGGACGGGAGAUCAAGGCAGAUGAAAAUCUGGGAUUCACGGAAGGAGUGCUCAAACUGGAAAUAGCUCAGAUUUCCAAAAAGGAUGCUGGCGUGUAUGAGAUUGUUUUGAAGGACGACAGAGGAAAGGACACUUCAUCGCUAAAUCUGACCGACCAAGGUUUCAAAGACCUGAUGAAUGAAGUUUUCGACUAUAUUGCUAACUCUUCCACACCUUUGAAGAUCACCAGCACAGAUGAAGGCAUCCGUCUCUACACCUUUGUCAGCUACUACAAUGACUUGCUGCCGGUCACAUGGCAUUACAAGGAUUCAGCCAUCGCCUUCUGUGACCGCCUCAAGAGCGGCGUAGUGGGCGAUCAGCUGUGGUUGCAGAUCACCGAGCCCACUGAGAAGGACAUGGGCAAGUACGCUAUCGAGUUCAGCGACGGCAAGGGUGGCCUGAGACGGACAGUGGAGCUGUCGGGUCAAGCGUAUGACGAUGCUUUUGCCGAAUUCAAGAGACUCAAAGCUGCUGCUAUUGCAGAAAGAAACCGUGCUCGAGUGGCAGGAGGCCUUCCAGACGUGGUCACCAUCCAGGAGGGCAAGGCCCUCAAUCUCACCUGUAAUAUUUCGGGCGACCCUGUGCCGGAAGUGACCUGGCUAAAGAACGAGAAGGAGCUGACGUCAGACGAGCACUGCAUCCUCAAGUUCGAGUCGGGCAAGUUCGCCAGCUUUACCGUCACAGCGGUGAACACGUCGGACACGGGCAAGUACAGCAUCCUGGUGAAGAACAAGUACGGCACGGAGAGCGCGGACUUCACCGUAAGUGUCUUCAUCCCCGAAGAGGCGGGCGGCAAGAAAAAAUAAGCCGUUAAUAAUCCCAAACACGAGCUAUCCUGUUCCACCUCAGUCCUGUAGGAGUCGCUACAACAACAAAUUCCUCUGUCUGCAUUUUCAUCCAAUUCUUCAUCUAUGCUAAUGGCAACAAUCUGGCAAAGUUGAACUACUAACCUUAGCUAUAAUUCACGUGUAAAUAUCAAAUGUAUGCAUUUGAAGAAGUCAAUCAUGAAUGAAAAUGGAGUAAACAUGAAUCCAUGUGAUCAUCCCUGUCCAAAGUGGCUUCCACCUUCACCGUCACUCAUCUUUGCGUCUAUUUGUCACCUUCAUGUGACAAGGACUGCUUACCACUUCCUGUGAGACUAAUAAACAAACCCAGCAUGAAAUCCACCCCACAACCUUUGUUUUUUGUGACCCAUUCACCAUUUCCUUCACCCUCAGUGCACAUUUUUUGUAGACUCGGACGUCCCGAGGAUCACACCACCAGCAUGGAUACGAUCUCCACUCCCUCCCCCCAGCAACGGCGUACGCCAACCCUGAUACAAAUAUUUGUUCACUGGGUUAUUUCUUUGUGAUGUCACUGAAAGAAAGACGUGUUAUAUGGGACAAAAUCACCUGAACAAGCCAGAUAUUAUUUAUAAUUGUCAUCUUGUAGUACCAGCGAUGGGAAAACUUACUUCCUUUAACUGACUGGAGGUCUUAUGUGUGACCGACUGAAGUUUAUGGAGUACUAGAGUCUUUGUCAAACACAUAUAGGUCAGUGAAAGUGGAGUCCUCAUUGAGGACUUGUGAGUCAGUGAAACUUGAGUCUAUGUUGAGCACCCGUUGGUCAGUGAAACUCUCAUCGUCGAGCACCCGCAAUUAAGUGAAAGUCUUGACAAACUUGAGUUUUUGUCGAGCUCCUGUCAGCCAGUAAGACUCAAGUCUUAGUUGAGCCCACAUGGAUCACUGAAAUUCAAGUCUUGAUCAACUUGUGCGUCGGUGAAACUUGAGUCUAUGUUGAGCACCCGUGGGUCAAUGAAACUCGAGUCCCCGUUGAACACCCACAAGUCAGUGAAACCCGAGUCUUUGUCAAACACCAUUGAGUCAGAGAAACCUGAGUCCUCGUCGAACACCCAUAAGUCAGUGAAACCCGAGUCUUUGUCGAGCACCAGUGAGUCAGUGAAACUUGAGUCCCGGUUGAACACCUAUAAAUCAGUGAAACCCGAGUCCUCAUUGAGCACCCAAAAGUUAGUGAAACUCAAGUCUUGUGUCAAGCACCAGUCAGUCAGUGAAACUCAAGUCUUUGUCGAGCACCAGUGAGUCAAUGAAACCGGAGUCUUUGUUGAGCACCCAUAAGUCAGUGAAACCUGAGUCCUCUUCAAGCACUCAUUAAGUCAGUGAAGUCAGAGUCUUUGUCGAACACUAGUGAGUCGUUGAAACUCGAGACCUCGUUGACAACUUGACAGUAAUGGGAAAACUUCCUGUAACUGGCUGGAGGUCUUAUGCGUCACCCACUGAAGCUGAGUACUCAACUCGAGUAUUGAGUACUCGAGUCUUUGUCAAACACAUAUAAGUCAGUGAAACCUGAGUCCUCGUCAAGCACCCGUAAGUCUGUGAAACUCGUGUCUUUGUCGGGCAACAGUGAGUCACUGAAACUUGAGUCUUUGUCGGGCACCAGUGAGUCAGUGAAACAUGAGUCUUUGUCUGGGAAUCUAUGACACACAUCGUUCAUCUCUACUCUGUAUCUGUGAUUCUCGUCAUUUAUGCUUUUUUGAAAGAAAUGAUGCUAGUUCGGUAGCUAUACACCAAAUAUUGUGUGACUCCACCUCAGUAGUAACGGGAACCGGGUACUGCUGUACAUGACUCAUCCAAACCCUUGCUUCACGGCUUUAUUCGUACGUAAAUAUUAGAUGUCCUGAAAUGGGUUUUAAAUCAUCAUUCAUGGUUUUGGGUGGUCAAGUUUGACGGCAUUGGACUUGACAGGUAAGUAAUGGAACCUCUUGGUUGAUUAUGGGAUUUUUUUUUCCAAAUAUUCUUUGUUUAUACGUAUUUGUUUUGUCUCU